AUGUCGAAGGUGUCGCUAGCCAAUUUGGAGAUGGAGUACAUGCAGAUCUACAAGAUGCUGGAGAACACCAUCAAGUUCAACGAAGGGAAGUCCUGUUUGGUGAUCGGUCCGCGGGGCACGGGGAAAACCAGUUUGGUCAACAAUGCGCUGUUGGAGCUUGGCGAAAAGUUCCGCAACAUGUUUUACGUGAUCCGUAUCAGCGGAGUGUACCAGAAUGACGACAAGAGCGCUAUCAAGGAGAUCGCACGACAGCUGGACUGGCACUUGUUGCGGCACUCUGACCAACCCAACGCCUCGUUCGAGAAGUUCUCAGCCAACGAGACAAUGAACAGCGUGAUGAGUGUUCUGGACGGCAGCAGACUCGAGGAAGACAAAGACCAGGACGACGAACACGAGGAGACACAGAUGCCUAUAAUAUUUGUCAUUGACGAGUUGGAAAAGUACACCAACGACGCGAAACAGACUCUGCUUUACAAUCUGUUUGACGUGGCACAGUCGUCGUCCAAGUCGCACGCCGUGGCCGUUCUGGGACUGACUACUGUCACCGGAGUGCGUGAACAGCUGGAGAAACGGGUUAAGAGUCGGUUCAGUCAGAAGGUGAUCCAGCUGACCAAGGUCAAACAGCUUUCGGAGUUCUGCGAUAUGGUUCUGUGUCUUUUGAAAGUGUCAUUGGACGGUCUGGACGAGUCUACGGCUCGCUGGGCUGCUACCUACAACGAACACAUCGAAAAACAGGUGCAGGGUCCAAGUGAGCUGCGCAAGCUGGUGGUGCACAAUUUCUACACAACCAAAGACCUCAAUAUGCUCAAGAACCAGCUGGCUGCGUACCUGGUGCAACAGGACCUCACUUCGCUCGGAGGGGGCAGUUUCCCCAAACUAGACACAAAUAACCGCAGUUUCCAGGUGCUGGCGAGCCUAAGCGAGAUGGAAUUGCGACUAGUCAUUUGCGCCGGGCGUCAAUUGCUCAAGAACUCGAUGGACCAGGUCAACUUCAAUAUAGCCUACGAGGAGUUUGACAAGAUGACAAAGUCACAGACAAAUACGCUAAACUCACAGCUGCAGACGAUGGGCCGCGUGAAGCUGGACUUGGCCACACACUCCAAGGACAUCCUGCUUCGGUGUUGGGAGCGGCUGAUCAUGUUCGGACUGCUAGUGGAACCGAUCCGGCAGAUCAACGGAAUCAACUCGAGUUUCUACACGGGUGGAGAGUCCAACAAGAUGUUUUACCUGGAUGUGACGCUGGACGAGGUGGCCAAGCUGUUCCGCCAGACGGAAUGGGUGGCCAAAUGGUGUCGGCUAUGA